AUGGUCCGCAAAUGUCCCCUCCUCCCCCUCUCUCAACAACUUUUCUCCCCAUCUCUCUCUCUCUCUCUCCCUCCCCUAAAAGAAAAUAAAAUUAAACAAAACCAUCCCUCUCACGCAGCACGAGCAGUACCCUCAACCCCCUCCAGGCAGCACACUCAAACUCGCUACCCUCGCUCUCCUUCCUCCCUCGCCCCUAGAAACACAACAUCCACACAUCAUCGUCAUCAUCGCCACCAUAUCUUCCUCUCCUUCUCCCUCUCCUUCCUUUUCACUUCCCCCCUGCGUCUCUCCUUCUUCUUGACUAUCAUCCUCCUCCACACCCCCUUUCCCUUUCCCUUUCCCUCCACCCCCCUCUCCUUCUUUAUCACAAUCGUCCAUGCUAGAUUUAUUGUAUCCGGCCUCAAAUCUCCACUGCUCUUGAAGUUGUCGCUGUCGUUGUUGGAAUUGGCGUAGUUGGCGAAGCUGCCGCGCUGGACACGUCCCCGGGUCCGAAGCGUUGUACGCACACGCUUGAUAUGUAAUGGCGUAUGCGAAGUUGCAGUUUACGCAUCUAUGUAGGAUGUGUGUGCACAUAUCUCCUCUCUUUCUCUUUCCUGU